ACGCUUCUCUCCUCGACAGUAUCCUUCUCUGUAGUGAGACAGAGGAGCAAGCAAAUUUAGAAAGAAUGCCAUCACCGAGGGACAGGCAGAGAGAAACAAAAAGUUACCAUUGCCUGUAACAUCAAGAUGAAUUUGAAGGAGGAAACUUGUGAGGCUGACAUGAAUAUCAUGGAGAAAAAGACUGUAAAUGUUAAGGAGGAGGAAUGUGAAUGGGAGUCUGUUCACUCCAGAAAUGAGAGACUGGGAGUAAAGGAGGAGAGCAAACUGCGGUCAAUGGGCAUUAAAGAAAAGGCUGAAGAGAAGAUUGUCAGCAUUGAGACUCCCAAACAUAAAAGUAUUGAGAGUGUCAAGGAAGAAGACCUUCAUGAUGGGUGUCAUGGUGGAGUGGUGAGCGGGUUGGUCUCUUCUCAAAGCCGACACUGUUCAUCCCUGGAGUCUUCCCUUGAUGUGAAGUCUGAAUUACUACAGCCUGACCCAAACAGGACUGAGGAAAUUUCAUCAGUUAUGACACCACUAGAUCAUUCACCAUCUACAAAUAAGAAUGGAGAAAGUAACAAACUUUACUGCUGUUCUGAAUGUGGUAAAAAGUUUACACAAAGAACAAAUCUUCAGAUUCACAAAAGAAUUCACACUGGAGAGAAGCCAUUUUGCUGUUCUGAAUGUGGCAAAAAGUUUUCACAAAGAAGCAAUCUUCAGAGCCACAAAAGAAUUCAUACUGGAGAGAAACCAUAUUGCUGUUCUGAAUGUGGUAGACGGUUCUCACGAAGUAACCAACUUCAGCGCCACAAGCAAAUUCACACUGGAGAGAAGCCAUAUUGCUGUUCUGAAUGUGGCAGACGGUUCUCACGAACUAGCCAUCUUCAGUGCCACAAACACAUUCACACUGGAGAGAAGCCAUAUUGCUGUUCUGAAUGUGGCAGACGAUUCUCUGACAGAAGCCAUCUUCGGAACCACAAAUUAAUUCACACUGGAGAGAAGCCAUAUUGCUGUUUAGAAUGUGGCAAACAAUUCUCACAAGCCAACUAUCUUCAGUGCCACAAACGUAGUCACACUGGAGAGAAGCCAUAUUGCUGUUUAGAAUGUGGCAAAGUAUUCUCACGAACAAGCACUCUUCAGUGGCACAAACGAAUUCACACAAGAGAGAAGCCACAUUGUUGUUCUGAGUGUGUCAAACAAUUCCAUAGCAUCAGUGAUCUUCUGAGGCAUGCAAGAAUUCACAAUGGAGAGAAACCAUAUUGCUGUUUUGAAUGUGGCAAGCAAUUCUCUAACAGGAGUAAUCUUCUGAGCCAUGCAAGAAUUCACAAUGGAGAGAAGCCAUAUUGUUGCUUCGAAUGUGGCAAACGAUUCUUAAGAAACAGCACGCUUCAGUCCCAUAAACGUAUACACACAGGAGAGAAGCCAUAUUGUUGUUCUGAAUGUGGCAAAAACUUUUCCCAAAGUAGCACUCUUCAGAGGCACAAAAUAAUCCAUACAGGAGAGAAGCCGUAUUGUUGUUCAGAAUGUGGCAAACAAUUCUGUCACAGGAGUAAUCUUCUGAUCCAUAAAAGAAUUCACACAGGAGAGAGACCAUAUAGCUGUUCUGAAUGUGGCAAAAAAUUUUCACAAAGCGGCAUUCUUCAGCGCCACAAAAGAAGUCACAGAGGAGAGAAGUCUAAACAAAACUGACCCUGCUCUGAUAAAUGUUGUCUCAACCACCCUGCAACGUCUCCAUAAUAAAAAAUGGAUCACUAUUCUAAAUAUCAUAAGAAAAAAGGAAUAAUAUUUCAAGAAGGUUCAUUAUCACUCCUGCUAUUCUACCUAGCAUUAAACCCAUUAAGCACCCCCUUAAUGACCUCCUCCAUGGGUUUAAUGUCACCUUUUGCAAUGAACCAGAACCUCAGAUAGUCAUUCACCUUUAGUUUAUCGACUGUGUGAAACAGUUCAGCUCCCACAGUUAAUGGAGGAGCAGUUGCACUUAAUAAAAAUGUUUUCAGAUAAUGUGCGUUUAAAAGUUUGAACCUAGACAAAACAACCAAAUUCCUGAACAGUAAUGAAAGAGCAGACAUAAACCAUUAAACAUUAAACAUUAAGACUAAUACCAGCAAAACAAAUGGGAUACUUAAGAACUCUCUCAUCAUCACACAACAAAAUCCAAGCUGUUAGUCAAUUUGUGAUCCCUCUGCUAUCCUACAGUUUCAGUAUAAUCAAUUGGCCACAAAAUUAGCUCUAUAAACUGGAAACAAACCAAAAUGUGUCCGGCAUGUGUGCCAAAUCAUUUACAGAAAUUGUUGUAUUCCAUGGCGCUGUAUCCCAAAAUCAGAAGAUGGUAUUGGCCAAAUUAAAUGUGAUUACAUUUACAGAUCAGCAAUAAUUGGACUGCAAGGUUACCUAAUGAACUCCAAGCAUCCAAGUUUACAAAGAUAUACAACCAUGAUGUAAGAAACCUCACAACAACAUCCACAAUCAAACUAGUUGUGCUAGUCUGGAAAAAUAAAGAAAUGACAGGAUCUCCCUCACCUUAUGGAACAGUAUAAUACACUUAGCAGCAGAAGGAGGAAUUUUAAAAAAUGCAGAUCAACAGAAAAGUAAAAAAUAAUUGGAAUACCACAAGUAUGGUAGUCAGUAUGCUGCCCUCCUCUAACAUCCCCGUGUGGACCCAGAAUUGACCCAUGCAUGGCUCAUGAGGUGAUCGCCUAACCAUAGCUGCACAAGACAGCAUCUUGCACACAAGGUGUUUCAGGGUAUCAAUAAAAAAAAAGAAAAAUCAUAACUGAUAUAUGCCUUUUCUGCCAAAUAGAGCUAGACUAUCAUUCUGGUUGCUGGGUAUGAGGUACUAAUGGAUGAAGAAUUAAACACUGAAAGACACAGCAAAGCUUCCAAGCCCAUUCACUGGAAACUUUUCCAAAAAUACAACUUAUCUACGAAAAAGAAAAUAAAAAACAGAAUUGGGGAAUUUAACCCCAAGAGAAGUGAUAUUGGUUAUCUGUAGCAAAUAAUUUUCUAAUAUGAGGAGUAUUAAGAAACAUUCUACAGUUCACACAGUAGAGAAACUGUAUUGCUCUUCUGGAUUUGGCUAACAGUUUUUGCAAAUGGGCAAUCUUAAAAAGACACACAAGAAUUCACAAGGUGUGAGAUCACAAAGUCCUAACUAAAACACAACUACUGAAUAUGUAGUAUAUUUUAUAUAAACACAUGAUGAUUAGAAAUUCAACAUUACAAGUAAUAAUCUUAAAAUUCUGGUAGAAGCUUAAAAGUUGAGAAGGUAUAAACAGAAUCAAAAACAAAAGAUAAAAAAUGGAUUAAUCAGGAACAACACAAAAACAUUUUUUACAAUUUUAGGUGGGGGCACAGUGGAAGCAACUACACCACCAAAAAAAAGAUGAAUUGAAACAUUCUGAAAAAAACAUACAGUGCCUUCACAAAAAUAGUCAGACACCUUCACUGUUUCCAUAUUUUUGUUAUGUUAUGGCCUUAUGCUAAGAUUAUUUAAAUUAAUUGUUUCCCUCAUCAGGCAAUGUUCAAUACCCUAGUCUGAUAAAGUGAAAACAGGAUUUAAAACAUCUUAGCUAAUUUAUUAGAAAUUAAAGACUGAAGUGUAAAAACCAAAUCUUUUAAGUUAAUGCUAAUUGUUUAAUGUUUGUUUCAUUUAAUACUAGAAUCCCUGAAGCCUUCAAAAAUACCCGUAAUCCCAGGCCACCUUAAAUUCCUUCACACCUCUUCAUCAGCAUCUUUUGUUUGGCAAAUGUGUCGAUUAGCACAAGCAGCAAGCAGCCUGCUCUCCCAUUCCCUCAGAAAAUGGAGUUGAAGCGAGUCGCUAACUUCUCCCAGCUCAAGUUUUGUUUAUCUUGGUGUGAGGUGCCUGGAGUUGUAUAGGGUAAAUAAUAUAUCAUUAUUUGGAAUACAUACAUUUCAUGUGUGUUCCGUGUUUACAAAGAUCUGUGUAAGUGUAGGAUGACACAAAAUGAGAGGCAAGAAAUGCUGAACACAUACCUAAAAUAGAAAGUUUUUCCAUGUUGGGAUAGCAGGCCACAUGCUGCUUGUGCUAAUCAACACAUUUGCAAAACAAAAGAUGCUGACAGAGAGGUACGAAGGAAUUUAAGGUCACCC